GAACUGUGUUAGGGAGACGGCGAGAGCAGGAGAGGGACAGACAGUGAAUUCUGAGAGGGGGGAACAGAUCCCGAAUCACCUCUCUCCCUAUUCACCUUCUCAGAAACUGUCAGGAAACUGUCAAGUGGGAGAUAUGAGAAGAAACCGAGAUUGAAAACAUUUGAAAUUCACAUCCUCUCUACCUCCUUAUUUCUCUCCACUUGAGUCUUGAACGCACGCUACGCACCCCAGGGAAACGGCUCCUCUCUUUUCGGACACACAAAACCCCAACAAAGAGUGACAUCCACCCCUUCAAUCUCCUGAAGGAGGAAACCAGGAUCCCACUCUUUCUCUCUGCACAACAUCUCCUUCCUCCUUCCCCGCAUCACCAUGACUUUGCUGGCCUCUGAGAGGUCGCUUCUCAUACGAAACAAGUUCCGUUCAGUCUUGCAGCUGAGAAUACAGAACCGCAGGCAACAGAAUGAAAUCACUGCAGAGUCUGGUGUGAAAACCGCCUGUCACUCCCAAACAGGAGAAAAAGGAAGGAAUGAUGCGGUGUGUCUGGCAGAAGAGAGCACUACCCAGAAGCCGCCCCCUGGUGGCUCAAGUACCGAAACGCCACAUAACACUACACAAGACUGGAGUGGAGGGGGGGCUCUGCGGCAGAAGAAGGCCCGGCUGGCAGAGGACCUCAGCGAGAAGAUCCAGCGCCGACCAGGCCCUCUGGAGCUGCUGCAGAAGCACAUCUUGCCCCUGGAGACUGCGCCGAUUUCCUUCCCUCAGUCAUCGGACGUCUUUGACGAUGACAUCUCUUGCUCUUCCUCUUCCUCAUCUCCCGAGCAACUCGGGAUACACCAGUCACCGGGAUUCUCUAUGUCACCAGGGCUGACAGGGGACCAAUCGUUAAGCGAUUUGUCACCUGGCUCGGCCCCUCUCAGUCACAGCCCCAACAGCUUUCAGUGUAGCUUGGCAUUGCUCCCGGCAACCGAGGGCAUCAGCCAGCCAAUGACAAUGACUGUGGCUGAACUGGACUCCACGGCAACGUCCGGGAGAGCCAAGGGCAUCUUUCUUACCACUCAGACUACCCCCCUGCUGCCAAAGACAACUCAGCAACCCACAACUCCUCCUCCUCAGACCACUCUGACUCCGUCUGUCCCUUCCUCUCGGCCUCCCCGCUCCCGAAAGCCUCGCGACUCCAAGCCCAAAAUGAAGAAGCUCAAAUACCACCAGUAUAUUCCCCCGGACCAGAGGGGCGGAACAGGAAGCGGGACAGGGGGCGGGUCCAUACAGAGGAACUCUGCCCCGCCCAUUGAUCCUGCUUAUUCCCGCCUUCUGCAGCAGCAACAGGUGUUUCUCCAGCUGCAGAUUCUCAACCAGCAGCAGCAGCAGCAGCAGCAACAGCAACAGCAGCAGCAACAGCUCACCAUAGCGCCCAGCAGUGAUCACCAGAUAGUGAGGUUUACUGGAACCACUCCGCCAGCCUGCCCUCAGCCUGCCCCCAUAGCAACAAAGCCCAGCCCUCCGGAUACAAGCCCCACCCACAAGCCUGAACUUCUUCCCCCUAACCUUGAUGACCUCACGGUAUCAGAGCUUCGUCAGCAGCUCCGCAAACGUGGCCUCCCAGUUUCUGGUACCAAGCCCUCCCUCCUUGAGCGCCUCAGGCCCUAUCAGCUCCCCCGGGCCUGCCUCGCCCCUGCCCCCCUCUGCCAACCGGGGACCAAUCUGGGGCCCUCUGCCCCCGCACUGCCGCUGAACCCGAACCCCAACCCCCCCAGCAACCCGCCCAACCUCUAUCUCCAGCCUGGCAACGUGCCGCCGGGUGUCAACAGAGGCGAGCAGUCCUUGGCCAGUAUUGGCUUCCUCGCCGCAACCCCCGCCACGGCCAACAGUCUUCCCCUCCCUUCCUCUUCCCCGCCGUCCUCUGGCACCCCCUGGAGGCAAGGCCAGGUAGCGGAGGAGAUGAGUGUGGAGAUGGAGAUGAGGGAGAGACUGAGGAGUCGGCCUAGGGAGAGGCCACGGGAAGUGGGCAAAGAGACCUGUGAGAGUACCCUCCAUCCCUUCCUGCAACAGGAAACGGGACGUCCAAAAGCUAACACAGAGGCUGACGGACAAGCAGAGGUGCUAUUUACACAGGUCUUCAGCUGCCAACCCUGCGAUGUGAUUGGCCAGGACUUCGAGUUGCCUAUGCAGAUCACUGCCAGCCCUGUUCAGGCCCCUCCCAGUGUCAGGAGUCUUGAGGAGGAACUGCAAGAAGCCAUCCAAAGAGUACAGAUGGCCCCCAGUCAGUCUAUUGAAGACAUACUGGAUGAACCUAUAAACUGUGCAGAGGCAGCCUCCUCUGUCUCAGAUCUCCAAGCUGCAGUAGCCGCACUUUCAGGCUCCUCCCCACCUCCUGUCGUUGACCAAUCACAGCCUUCCAUCCACAUUUCUAAAGAUGAAAACUUCCUUUCCUCCCCACUCUGCUCCUCUCUCCUUCUGGAGCUUCCUCCGUCACCCGCCAACAUCCCACAGCUAGCCCCGCCCCCUCCUCCACCCCCUCCUCCUAUCUGCACCACCCCUCCUCCUACAGCCAUGUCCAGGAAGAGGCGGGAGGCUGCGACCUUUGACCCAGCAGACUGGCUGGAGUCUCUGACCUCCGGCCUCCGACCUCUGACUCCCCCAGCCGCCCCGUUUGUGGAGACCGACUUUGGCCUUGAUUCAGAUCUCAACGUGAAUCGGGUUUUGGAUUUGAUGGUGGAGCAGUGGUGAUGGUGUAGGACCCAGUGAGUGUGUGUAUGUGUGCGUGGAUGGGUCAAGGCCAAAAGGCCACCCAACGCCCCCGCCCCCCCCCAAAAUAAAAACCUCACCACUGUCACAAAGGAAUAUCACUGUUCACAACGUUGUCAUAGAGAUGAAUUUCUAAGUGGAAGGGGAUGGAGGAGUGAAGUGAGGUUCUGAAACACGCUACAAUAUUGAAAGGAUUGGAAUUUUAUUGGUGGAAGGAACCCGUUACUGUGUGGAAUCGAGGAAGGGGUAACAUGUAAGGAAGAGACCACUGUGGUUUGGAUCAUCUCAGGUCUCACUCAUUAAUUCCUUUACUAGUGAAUUUGAUGUUUAAAAGGCACCGGUCAUAAUUAACAAGACAUGGAAUUUCUGUCCUCCUUCUCCAAGUGUGCACCAACCAUAAGCCUGUAUUAACCUUUCGUGCUACUCUAGAUCUUCAAACAGUGAAUUACUUCUGUAGAAUAAGGACACCUAAGUCGUUUGCUCAAAAAUCUAGAAACGAAAGAUGAUUCCUGGCUCUUUUUCCCAUCCCACCCCGAACUGAUUGCUCAUAGUAGCCAGCUGAUUGGAGCGAUGCUAGUGGAUUGAAAUUUGUAACGUUAUCGGAUCCUUCAUUCAUUAUGGGUUUUUUAAUGCCAUCUACGGAUCCGUCCUUCCUUCCAUUCGUCCAUCUCUGUCCGCUGUUGUGACCAAAGAGGCGGCGUGAGAGCGCUGCUGACCGAAGGUCUGUGUUCCACGCAAUGUCGAGACACAGACGUCACCGCCCCCCCGGGCGGCGGACGCAACGCCGGCUUCGGGUCUGGCGAGAGGAGGAGGGAGUUGCUUUGGUGACAACAAUGGAGGAGAACACACGAGCACGCGAGUACGCGCACGCACACACACACACGAAAUAGGUGUGCGGAUUGGAUACGGGCACAAGCCUUUGCCCUGGUCCCCCAGACAGACAUUCACCAUGAAACAGGAGCUGCAGGCAAGUUCUUUGAGCUGUGAAAGGUGUGUAUGAGUACCGUGUGUCUGUUAGACUGCUUCUGUUUGUGUGUAUACACAACACACAAGUAAACUGUGCCUGUGCUAUAGGCACGGCACUAAUACCAGUGCCAAGAGUCCACUUGUGAUUUGUGCGCAAGUGGCUAGUGUCUGUGCGUACCCACUGUGAACGAACUGGGGUACUGCGGUUGAAGAACGUUUGAGCACUCCAGCUGGGUCUCUACGUAAGGUAUUACCCAGAGUGCCUGAAGGAACAGCGCGGUACACCGCUGCACUGGGAUUGAACGCUAGGUGUUUGCUUCUUCUUAUGUUGCAAUCUCUGGUCUCAGCUGGUGAUCUGUGACUCACUGUGAAACACUGGGACGGCAUCAUUGGCCCUGCUUUAAGUUUACAUAUUUUUUUAAAAAGCAGUCGGGGGGGGGGGGUCUGUUUCUAAUUUGCUGUCAUGGCCAAAAUGGGCAUGUUCAAAUGAUGCUGUUUCUGAUGUUGGCGAAACAUGAACGGCCUCAGUGCUCAGUCAAUGAUGCAUAGUCUAUGUUACUGAUGCGCUAAGCCUGGGCAUACAGUUAUGACCCAUAAUUGUGGGCUGUAGUGUAUCAGCACAUGACACCGGUGUUAAUCAAGACCACAGACACACUGGCUGGAUAAUGACCGUGGUAAUCAAUAAAAACAAUAAUUUGUAGGCCAACUUCCGUAGUUUCUCUCAUUUACUUGACUUAAGCCCUGGUAAUCACAAUGGUAAGUGCAAUAUAUGUGAAGGGUUCACCCCUUGGGAAAUCAAGACCAUGCGUCAAGAAUGGAAAUCAGGAAUGUAAAAAUAACUGCUGUAAAACACGUGUUAAAUUUCAGACUUAAAAGAAAACAACAAAACAACUGCAAACAAAUGCAAUCAUAAUUGAACAUUCUGGUCUGCAAAUGCACUUAGUUUAAGAUCAGAUGUGGUGGAAAGUUACAGCAUGUGUUGUUGGUGCUCAUAUACCUUAUAUGGACAGAUGCGAAAACCUGAUUCCAGCUAGGUUUUGUAUGGAGGUUUGUAUCUCUCCCUGGUUUGGCUUGAACAGCCCAGUGACCCAAUAACAAAGAAGGCCAUGUCUCACCAUACAUUUCCAGCCAGUGUUUGAUUUUAAUGUUGAGAUUGUUAUUUACCCACUGUUAAUUUAUUGAGUAACUUAUUCAGGCGAUGUUAUCCAUAAACUUUCAAAUUGUGUCCUGACUUUAGAAAUUAAAAAGUCUUAAUUGAUUUCACAUCCGCAAA